CAUAUGAAUCAGUUCUGCUCAAGAAACCGGUUUGUAAACACGCACCGGAACGCGGUCGUCUUCUCGGGAAAUUCUUUCCCAAAGAUUCUCUCCGCGCCGCACCCGACUCUCUUGCUCAGUAUUCUUCGCCUUGCGGCUUGUUGCGCAUUCUGCGGUGGUGUUGUCGUUCGUUCGGUGUGUGCCACUUCCCUCAAAUCGAAUCCCCCUUGCAGAAGCGCAAGAAGAUCAUCUCUCACGCCGCGUCGAACUCGGGAGCACUUGAUCUUGGUCGGUGUUGGAUAGAAGAAGUCGUCGGUGUCGUCGUCGUCGAUCAGGUUUAAGUUGCGCUUCAAAUGGAAAUAAGUGAAUAAUUGAACGGGGAAUUGAAAAGGAUUGUGCCAGUGAAAGAACUUCGGAAUGCAUCGUGCGCGGUCAUCGCCGCCGGCAGGAGGCUAAUAAGUACAUACCGAAGGACCGGUUGUGAAUCUUCGCCGUGUACCCGAUGGUUGUCGAGAGGGAGGACGGCCGACUUAUCCCGUGAAUAAAAACUCGGUCAAGCGCACGGCGGUGCUGCGGCUUCUUCAGUCAGUGCUCGACGGCGCAGCGGCUUUCUGGGGGUGAAAACGCAUAUUAUCGGAAGCGUAAAGUGCGCAAGCAUGCGGCGGCUCUUCUGAAAGUACGCGCGCUUGCUUGCUAGUGUGAGUGCAUCGGUGGAGUGAUAAGGCCACCGCUUCAGGUGCGUCGAACACAAAAAUUUGCCAUUGAGGAGAAAAAUCGCCUCCAAACUAAAGUCCCGGGGAUUCGGCGUUAUCUGAGGGUCACACCGAAAUCGGAGGGGCUUACGCGUCACUUCUCUCUCGCGCGCAAGGUGUGUGAGUCGUAUUACGUAGUCUUCGCCAUCAAUGCAGCAGCAAAAGACGCAAUACCUACGUUUCGCCGGAGUUUGCCGAGCAGUGGAAGUUUUGCUUGCCUUUGGAAAUUACCAUUCCUGGCCCCGGCUUGGAGAAGUGUGAUUAUUGCAGGCUUUUUAUGUGCACCUUACCGAGGUAGACUCCGGGGGUUCAUUCAGCACACACAAGAGGCGAAGAGGCGAUUAGGCGGAAUAUGAGCCAUGGAAAAACCGGCAUCCACGGCGAGGCAUUUCCAGCAGUGAGCUAUGCAGGAGACCUAACAUGAUACUUCCCAUCGAUCAGCGUGGUUCAGCAGCAGCAGUAGCAGCAAUAGCUUCGUUGUCUCCCUCCUGGAUUCCCCGCAGGCCUUCUUCGUCGACAUCAGCAGCAGCAAAAUCUACGGCGGAGGAAUCGUCUGGUGCCAAAUGGAACUACCACCGGCACCAGUCCUAUUACAGUUUUUGUCCGCUAAAAACCUUCUAUUGCAAAGAGAUUAUCAAGAUCCGAUCCGGCAGCUACGAGUACGGUUCGAAUCGGUUGUGACGAGUGAUUGCGAUCCGGCUAGGUGUUACUCAAAAGUGAUUCGUGUUAGUUAAGUGGGUGUGCGUGCGAGUGCGAUUAGUUUAUAGUAGCAGAAUAGGUAGAAUAAUGUCCCAGCGGAAGAAGAUCCUGUACGGGCUGUUUGGGAUUAUCAUCGGGCUGUGCGUCGGUGCUCUCUUCCGGAACUAUCGGACGCUGGAGAUUGUCAGCAUGUGCAACUCGAUCAACAGCAUGAAGCAGAAGUCUGCCCUGGAAAUCAUCGGCCUUCAUCCAUCGGAGACGCCGGAGAACUCGCAGCGCAAUCUGGUGUUUGUGGGCGUCAUGACUGCCAAAGAUUUCCUCCAGAGCCGGGCCAAGGCGGUUUAUGACACGUGGGGCAAAUCGAUUCCCGGGCGGAUAGCUUUCUUCAGCUCAGAGGAGUCCGUUGCGGAUGAUAUCCCUCUGGUGGCACUGAAGGGCGUUGACGAUCGGUAUCCGCCGCAGAAGAAGAGCUUCAUGAUGCUGCACUACAUGUACGAGCACUACAUAGACAAGUUCGAGUGGUUUGCCCGUGCCGACGAUGACGUGUUCAUCCGGACGGACAAGCUGGAAAUGUUCCUACGAUCGGUGGACAGUUCGAAGCCGCAGUUCAUCGGCCAGGCUGGGCGUGGCAACAGCGAAGAGUUCGGGCUGCUCUCGCUGGAGUUCGACGAGAACUUCUGCAUGGGCGGCCCCGGAGUGAUCAUGAGUCGCGAAACGUUGCGACGAGUGGCUCCCCACAUUCCAACCUGCCUCAAGAACCUCUAUAGUACCCACGAAGACGUAGAGGUCGGUCGAUGUGUUCAAAAGUUCGCAGGUAUUCCUUGUACCUGGAACUAUGAGAUGCAAUCCAUUCUGCACCACAACAGCAGCGGAAGUCGUGCCUUCUCCGGCAACCUCAAGAACAAGGAAGUUCACAGUGCCAUUACGCUGCAUCCGGUCAAAAAGCCAGCCUUCAUGUACCGACUGCAUGCCUACACCCUGGGCCUCAAAGCUCAAGAGCUCCGUCAACAGUCCCUGAUGCUUCACCGAGAUAUUGCACAGAUGACGGCCCUGCUGCAGAUCCCUCGGAUCAACAAAAACCUCGCACCGGGCGUCCCGAUCUUUCCGUCGGACGAAACCAGCGCCGACUACCUGGGGGAUCACACCAUCCUAGGUUCGACGCCAGAUCUCAACCGGCACCGGCCGUCACAUCUGGACGAGAUCAUCGAGUGGGAUUUCAUUGCCAAGAGCCUCUACUCGGGGAUGCAUCCGAAUCCGAAGCGAAAGAUUGAAUCGUCACUCAAGGAGGGAUUGAACGAUGUCGUUCGAGAGAUCAUGGAGCACAUCAACAAUUUCUCGCGCCAGAGGGGUCGGGUGAUCGAGUUUCGUGAGCUGCUGUACGGCUACAUGCGCGUCAAUAGCCUAUACGGGCAGGAUCUUAUCAUGGACUUGCUGUUGGUGUACAAAAAGUACCGCGGAAAAAAAAUGACCGUCCCGGUACGGAGACAUCUCUAUAUUCAGCGAUCGUUCACGGACAUACGGGUUCGGGAGAUCACCGGUCAGGUCGUCCCCGCCUAUGCAGUGACCCUCGAUAGUCGAUUACCCAUUGGAAGCACCCGACCGUUUGACAACAGUACUGGAUUAGAUCGCAUGCGAUCGUUCCUCAACAGCGGCUGGGAACGCCUCUCGGAUACGUUCGCCAUCAGCAAUCCCUCGAUGAUCGAGAUGCCAAAGGAUCGCAUCGUCUUCAUCAUUCCGCUCGCUGGACGACCGGAAACCUUCAUGCGAUUCCUACGCAACUUCGAGCAGGUCGCCCUUCAGCAAGAUCUCCGAACAGACCUCCUCGUCUCGCUGUACGUCGACCCGUCUGAUUCAUCCCUCCUAACCAACCUUCUCGAUCAACUUCGCUCCCGAUAUCCGCAAAACCGCAUCAACUAUCUCCAGCUGCAGGGGAACUUCUCGCGCGGAGUAGCCCUCGAUCGUGCCAUCAAGAGUCCAUUCUGCAAGCAGGAUGACAUCUUGUUCUUCAUCGAUGUCGAUAUGAUAUUCACUCAGCGGACACUCGACCGGAUACGGGCCAACGUCAUCCGUAACCGCCAAGUUUACCUUCCGAUCGUCUUCAGCGAGUACGAUCCCCACCCGGAAUCCCUCGGCCAGAUGUACCUGGAGUCAGGCCCCAAACCCAUAACCACAGAGCACCUCCAUCGCUCAUCCUACGAUCAAAACUUCUCCUCACCCUACCCGGUCACCAACGCCAACGGAUACUUCCGACAGUUUGGCUACGGCCUGGCCGGAAUCUACAAGUCCGACAUCCUGCGGCCCGAUCUCGGUGGGUUCAACACCGACAUCACCGGGUGGGGCCUAGAGGACGUCAAAUUUCUCGAAAGCAUAAUCGCUGCCAAUCUAAAGGGGAGCCAGCGGCUGCUGGACGUGGCCGAUGGUCGGGUGGAUCCGUUCCAGGAUCCGCUCCGGCAACAGCAGCAGGAGCUGGUCGUAUUCCGUGCGCCGGAUCCGUCGCUGGUGCACAUCUUCCAUCCCAUCAAUUGUGAUAGAAACCUCGAAGAGGCACAGUACAAGAUGUGUCUCGGCACGAAAGCCAAUACUCUCGGGAGCUUCCGGACGCUGGAGGAACGGUUCGUGCAGGACCGGGAACUGCUGCUGUUUGGGCGGAGGGCCCGGGGGAACCGAUAGCGAUAGAGUUAUGGGGGGGGGAUGAGCAGGGAAUUUUAGCCUAA